AUGGCCGCUGCGCACAGCGGCAGCAGCCGUGAGGCGAACCCGGCAGCAGCCGCGGCAGGCGGCGGCAGCGGAGGAGGAGGAAGCUAUUCGGACAGGAGCGACCUGUCCGUGGUGCUGAAUGAGCUGUGGCGAGCCGACAUCAAUCGGCUCACCCCGUGCACCGAUUACUCCAUCUGCCUGCAGGCCGAGGCGAGCCCACGUGGACAGACGGACGAGGCGCCCAAGCGCCUCUUCCACUUCGUGGACGAGAAUAAGCUGAAGGGGAUGAAGACCUACUCGAGCUUCAUGGCGAUGCUGGACAACUACGAGGCCGGCGUGGGGACCCCGGAAUGUCUGAGCCCAGAAGAGUUGAAGGAAAUCGACGACUUCCUGGACGCCGUGAUGGAGACCCACGUGGUUAAGAUCGCACACAAGUAUCUCGUCUCAAAGGGCUGUUCCUCACCCGACACGGACGCCUUCAAGAAGCAGUUAUUCCAGAUCUGGUUCGAGCUCUACAGCAGGAGCGGCAAAACCGAGCCUGACUCGUGCGGCUUCGAGCACGUGUUCGUGGGCGAGACGCGUCGCCGUGACGUCACAGGCUUCCACAACUGGCUGCAGUUCUACCUGCAGGAGAAGCGCGGCGCUGUCGACUACCACGGAUACGUCUCGAAGCGCAAGCGCUGCGCAAAGCCCGACGAGGAGGACCAGCUGAUCGCGGUGCAGUUCACCUGGAAGGGCCUCGUCAAGCCGAUCGGCGGCUCCUUCAUCGGCACCAGCCCCGAGUUCGAGCUGGCGCUCUACACCAUCUGCUUCCUGCUGUGCGACGGCCACUCCACCACCACGCCAGUCGACAUCGACGUCUACCACUGCCACAUGAUCGUGCACCGCAAGGGGCCGCACAUCGCCACGGCCUACCCGGUCCUGCUCGAGAUCAACCGCGAGCCCUUCGAACUGGCCGGGGCGGCCGACGACGGCGUCGGCGUCGGCGGCUCCGGCGGCAGCCCCAGCCCACACCGCACCUCCCUCACGCUGCGGCGCGAGGCCGGAGGCGACGGCGGCGGCCGUGGGCCCUCGCCUGACUCCGCUGGCUGCCCCGGGUGCCGCCCCGGUGCCGGCGAGAACGCGGCGGAGGGCGGCGCGACGGCGUCGGCGUCCGCGUCGAGGUGCUGCCCCCGACGCCGCGGGGUCACGCUGGAGGUCACGCUGGAGGUCACGCUGGAGGUCACGCUGGAGGUCACAGAGGAGGUCACGCUGGGGAGCAUCGCGGCUGUCCGCCGGCUGUGA